UGGGAGUUCACGUUUUUGACAUCACCAGCAUCUCAAUUCGCAACUCGAACGAGGUUAGAUUUGGGGUUGAUAUAUAUAUAUAUAUUAUCCUUUGGCUUUGGACGAUUGAAGUUUCCCUGUACGGUAUACCAUACCUUACGGGCUGCCGACAUACUCGCGCAUGUCAUCCACCUGCAAGUAGGCGCUCUGAGGCCGAAUAGAGUCUCCCGCCCAGAAAGAACGUAUCACACCAGCAUCCAUCACCCAAACAGAAACAAAACCCUCAUCGCCCGGGAUCAAGUAAACAAAUAACCUGUCCGAAAUACAUAGGGGGACACGGGGAAACAUCGUAUUGAAACACGCACACAUAUUAUGUCUCGCGUUCGCCGCGAUCCAGACACCCAUUCCAGUUCCCACUCCCGCGCCACGCUAUCCCGCAACGACCCGCCAUCCUCACCCUCCAACCCCUCCCUCCGCCUCACCGUCAAGAUGCCCGUCAGCAAGCUGCGCGCCGCGACGGGUGGUGCGUCGUCGAGGGCUAGUGGCGGGAGGUCGAGUUCAGGUGGUGGGAGAGGCUUCGUGGGGGAGACGAGGGAGAGUACCAGGGCGAGGGGGGUGAAAAAGAGUUAUGUGGUUGAGAGUGAGAGUGAGGAGGAGGAUGAGGAGAUGGAGGAUUUGGGAGACGAGGAGGAGGAGGAGGAUGCAGAGGGGGAGGAGGAAGAUGAUAUGGAUCUUGAUGAGGAUGCGGAGGGGGAGGAGGAUGGGGAUGAUGAUACGGAGAUGGCGGGGUUGCCGCCGCCUACGCUGAAGAUCGCGAAGCCGACGAAGGAGAAACAUUCGAUUACUGUUAAGACGGCGGGGAAGAAGGAUGUUAGGGUCGUGGCUACGACGGAGCCGAGCGAUGAUGAGGAGUUGAGCGAUCUGGAGAGCGAGGUGGAGGAGGAUGAGGAGACGAUGCAGGUUGGUAAUGAUGAGGAUGCUGAGGGGGAGGAUGAGGAGAUCGAGGUGGAGGUGGAGGAGGAGGAGGAGGAGGAAGAAGAAGAUGAGCUUGAUAGCGACGAGGAGGGCGGUGGGGGGAGCAGAGGUUCAACGCCUGAUCUCAGCAAAUUGACGAAGAGACAGCGGGCGAGGCUCGAUGAGAGCGGGAGUGGACAUCUCAUGGCUCUACCUGAUGAGGUACAAGUCAAAAAACACCUCACAGCCGAAGAACAUGCCAUGCGCCGUGCCGAAAUGGCACGUCGCCGCAAGAACCUCAGCGAGAAGCGUAACGAGGAAGAAAAGAUGGAAACCAUCAACAAACUUCUCAAAAAACAAGCCCCCAAAACCAACGCCCGCCGCCGCGACCUGAACGGUCUCACGGGCGAAAUCGGUCCCGACGGCGAGCCUGGGAAACCAAACUCAGCGUACGUGCGCUGGAUAAGUAGUAAAGAGGGGAAUCGGAUUUGUGUACCGACUGAGAUGGUGGAGGGGCCGUUGGGGGGGGUGUUUGGUGGGGGGAGGGGGGUGGAGGAGGUUGUUUAG